AUGCCGCCAGUACCGCCGGCAGCUCGUUCCGCAGCGAGAGCUGCACUAAACGUCGCAUCGAAGUCGGCCACCUCAUCAGCGGCUCCAAAAACUGGCCGUGAAGGGCAGACCCCAAAAUGGAAACUCUGGCUCUAUACCGGCGUCUUCACCGCCGUAACAGUGACUGGGACAAUCUAUGGGGCUGGGCUGAAGACGCAGCAGGAAUGGAAAGCUGAGAAGAAGAGAGUUCUCGAAGCCAGUGUGGAAGAAAAGAUAGCCAUUCUAGAGGACCGCAAGGCAGAGCUAGUGCGGCAGAAGAACGAUUUAGAAGCAAAGUUGGAGGAACAUGCUUUGAUCUCUCAACCUGAGCCUGAUACCAUCCUGUCAGUGUUGGGCGCCUGGAUGAUCCUGAGGAGAUAG